AACCCAGCCGCUGGACCGGAAGUGGAGUGGGGCUGCCCCGCCCCUGGCGGGCCUUUCCGGUUCCGGGUGAGCGGCGCUGCCCCGGUGAGCGGCGACGGAGCCCCCGGCGGCAGCCUUGUUAGCAUGUGGACAUGUCCAGCAUCGCGCCCCUCGCGGCCUCUCUAGAGCAGUGCCCGCUUGCCGGCCUCUCAUCCUCGUGGUCCCCGUCCGUCCAUGGAGGAGGGCACCAUGUCGGAUCUCAUUCUCAACCUGGACACGUCCCUCCCUGCGCAGCCCAAGAAGGCCUCUGAGGGGAACCAGAAGCACCAGCGGUUCAUCAGGCGCCGGCAGUUCCUGGAGCGGAAAGGCUUCCUGAAGCAGAAGCAGUUUCCAGGGCAAGCCCCCCUACCCCGGGGUGAUGCCUCUCAGAAGCAUGGCGGGGCAGACUGGGAGCGGGACAGGAAGAGGCCGAAAGUGGAGAGGAAGGGGGCGUCCGCGGGGCAGGACAGGAAGCCGCUGCGGGAGGACAGCUCGGCCCAUAGGACCAAGACAUUUCCCAAGGAGAACGCCACCCGCGUGGCUAAGGACUCUGGAUCCCAGGGAGGCAAUGCCUCUGGGGGCCCCCCAGCCUCAAGCAAAGCAGGGAGUGGCGCAGGUGGCGGUUCCUCCGUGAGGCACAAUGGGGCGCAGGCCAAUGGGGCUGCGGGCGAGAUCCGGAGGGUGGCCCUGCUGAGCGAGUUUGAGAGCGGGCUGUCCCCAGUGCUGCUGCCGGCUAAGCCCAGCAAGGUGGUGGCCAUCGACUGCGAGAUGGUGGGCACGGGCCCCGGCGGGCGCAACAGCGACCUGGCACGCUGCAGCGUGGUCAGCUACCAUGGCGACGUGAUGUACGACAAGUAUGUGCGGCCCCUCAGCCCCAUCACCAACUACCGGACACGUUGGAGUGGGAUCCAGAGGCACCACAUGAAGAACGCCGUCCCCUUCAAGGUGGCCCAGAAGGAGAUCCUAAAGGUCCUCUCUGGGAAGAUAGUUGUGGGCCAUGCCAUCCACAAUGACUUCAAAGCCCUCAAGUACUUCCAUCCCAAGUCACUGACCAGGGACACCUCGAAGAUCCCUCUGCUCAACCGCAAGGCCGGCUUCCCGGAGAACGAGCCAGCCUCCCUGAAGCGCCUCACCAAGCAGCUCCUCCACAGGGACAUCCAGGUGGGAAACAAAGGCCACUCCUCGGUGGAAGACGCCCGGGCCACCAUGGAGCUGUACAAGGUGGUCGAGGAUGAGUGGGAGAGGCACCUGGCCACCACCUCUCCUCAGGACUGAUCCCCAACGUCCGUCGCCACCAAGCCUUGGAACCCGGAGCCGCUGGGGGAAGCCGACACUCCCCCCGCCCCGCCCCCGGAGCUGUUUGGAGGAUGAUGCUCCUGGGUCCAUGGGGCGGAGGGAGAGGAGGGUUGGCAGAGUGAAGGAACUGACUGGGGGCAGGGGAGGGGGGAUCAGGAGGCAAGUGUGUCCAUUACAUCGCUUCCAUUGGAUGGCAGCCUUGGCGUGUUCCUCCCAUUCCUCUCUGUAAAGGUUCUGGGCCUCCUUCCCUCUCGGCUUGAACCUCAGAGGGAGGGGAGACUCCUCACCCUCCCAGGCAGGGGAGCUUUCAACAUGGUGCUAUCCACUCCCCAGGCCCUGGUGGCUGUGGGGUUCGUGUGCUGUUGGAGUUGGGCACUGACCAGGCCAAGGUGCCCAUCCUGUUGCCUUGGCCAGUGGAUCUUUGGUGACCUCCCCUCCCCGCCCCUGCUUCCUGCCCCCACCCGGUUCCUCCUCACCCUGUUAAAAGGGCAGCGGGGCACUCAGUUCCUUAGCUUGAUUUCUGUGGGUCUCCCCUCUCCCUUGCCAGAUGACGGGAGCCCCCCCCCCUCCCGUGCACUUGGUGGUCUUGAGCUCCCCUCUGCUGCUGCCUCCUCCUCCUCGGCCCCACCCCCUCCCUUUGGGGUCAAGGAAGCCCCCCACUUUUCAGCCAAGCAGGUUUGGUCCCUUGGGUUGUCCUUGGCGGGGUGUGUGUGUCUGUCUGUCCCUUUCUCUUCCCGCUUUCUCCAUAUCCUUCACAAUCUCUCAUUAUUCUCCUUAAAUCUAUUUCCUGCUCUCCACCAGCAGGUCCCCGGGUGGGUUACAACAAUGUAAAGCUCAAAACAGUUUGCAAUCCCAGGAACAUCCCCCUGCCCCUCCCCACUUUGGCCGCCUAAACUUACCGUGUUUCUCCAAAAAUAAGACACUGUCUUAUAUUUAUUUUUCCUCAAAAACACCAUGGCUUAUUUUCAGGGGAUGUCUUAUUAUUUUCCUCCUCCUCCUGCCGCGGCCAGCAUUGCUGCUGUGCCUAUCACUAUGCCUUAUUUUCGGGGUAUGGCUUAUAUUCCUUGAAUGCUUAAAAAUCCUGCUACGUCUUAUUUUAUGGCUACGUCUUAUUUUCGGAGAAACAGGGUAGAAGAAGAAAAACCACAUAACAUUUUCCGCAGGAGGAGCAGUUGCCUUCUGCCCUUAUGGUCUCUUCCUGGUGAAAUGUGGAGCCGGGGGAAGGAAUAUCUCUGUUCCCCUUGAGGGGAAGGGGGGCAUUACACACACACACACACACCCCUCUCCUUAUGGCACCCUGAGCCCAGAGCCUGGGAAUGCCGCCCAGAGAGAGGAGAGGCCCAGUGGGUGUAGUGGGCGUUGCCCAAUAGCACCCCCUGCAAAGCACCCCCUUCUCAGCUCAGCAGACGUUGGAGUCCUGGCUGGGACAUCCUCAAGGCCAGGCUGGGCAGGAUCCUGCCCAGACGAGCCUUGUCUGUUCUGUCUGGGCCACCCUGGACUGCAACUCCCAUCAGCCGCAGCAUCAGAGGCUUGUUCUGGCCCCAGAGCUGUAGCCUCCCAUGCUCUGGAGGGCGCCAGGUUGGCAAAGGGCUGAUCUAGGGCACAGGGCUCUCUGCAAAGGGCGAGAGGGGGAGGCUGACCAGGCAGCGCCCCCUUUAAUUUGCAGAGGCUCUUCUUUCCCUCUUCCUUCCUCUUAAUACCUCCAGCUGCACAAUCAGAAUGAAUGGUGCAAGUCAGCAGAGCAUUCCUGGAGCACAGAGUUCCCAUCCUUGAAGAAACCACAAUGGUAAACACUGGACACAUUUUCUCAUUCUGAUGCUGAAAAUUCCCCGGAACACUGUGACCCCCCCCCCCUGCCCAUUGCCCCCCAGGGUCCCAAAAGUGGCUCCAUGGCUGUGGCUUGGCCAGUGACUGUCUCAUUCUCUGUCACACUCUGUCUUUUCUCUCUGGUGCUGUUUUCCACCAAGUGACCAUGAAGCAAGAAGGUGAUUUUUGUGUGUGUGAGUUUUGGGGUACUGUGCAGACCUUGCUGUUAGUUGUGACGCAACGUGUGUUUGUUUGUUUGUUUGUUUGUGUGUGUGUUUCUGGGAAGAAGAGGGAGCCACAAAGCACAUUGCUUUUAAUGAGAUACUGAAAGAAAAGGUGUUAAGGUUUGUUUUCCCGUCUCGCCUUGGAUAAAAAAAGAACAACUUUCCAAAUGUCCUUCUCUCUUGCCUUUGGAGCAGCCUCCUUCUUUCCCGGGGUUUGUGUUUCUGACUGGAGAAGGCGCAGCUUGGGGUGCCCUUUUCUCCUGGGCUCUUGGGGACUCGCCACAAAGGGGCAUCCGCAAUCUACCAAGUGGGCCUCCAAGGACCUCCUAAUUUAUUUUAAACAAACUUUACUGAACAUUUUAAAAAUGGUUGCCAAAUGUAUUGUCUUUUCCCCAUGGAAAUCUUUGAUGGGGAUCCUUUGCAGCAGUUUUGGAAAGAUUCCUCUCAAGCAGCUUUAAAGUGAGCAGUUUUUUAAAACAAAGACAAAAAUUGAAGAAUAAUGUUAAAAACCACCCGCACAGGAAACACACUUCCUACACAAAAGCCCAUACAUACUCUGCAAAAAAAACCCCAACUUAUUCCAUUUGUGUUAAUGCUGGUAAUUAUGAACGGGUGUGUCUUCUGUCUGUGCUUGGGAUUGUUUUGUCUUUUUCUAAAAAAGUAAAAUAUUUCACUUA